UGAUGUUUACUAUUUGAAUUUGGAUUGUUGUUAAAUCAGUAGUUAUUUUGCCGGCUAACAGAGAUUGUAACCAUUCGUAAUAUUUAAAAAAUGAACAAAUUACAGCUGUUAAAAACGUUUCAAAGCCUUGGCGAACCAAACGACAACAAAAGUGCUACCGCAUACACAGUCUAUUUGGAUCUUUUGGAAUGUCAAAUCUUGGUCGACUAUUUCUACGAUGCGGAUAUUCAAUCCAUUUAUUUUAAGCAAAAGUUAAACGACAACAAAAUCGACUUCAUCAUCCCCAUGACCGUCAACGAAAACAUUAACCUGCUGCGAUUGCAUCAGAUUCGCACAAAGUUAUGUGAUGAUAACAGUGCGCUGGGAAUGGUUGUUGCAGUUGUCUGUGCAAAUGGUGCUAUCAUCUAUCAUAGGUUCAGUGAUGGCAAGGUUCUGGAUUUUCGGUUAAAAAAUUGAGUCAAAGUGAUUUGAUUUUCAAUUUGUUUGUGCCGGUGUACCUAUAGUGUAUCGUUAAAUACAAGAAUUUUUAUAC